AUGGUAGUGUUGGGUGCUUACAAUAUUGAUAUCCAGGAAGUCCCUUACAGCUCCAACUACCAUCUCUAUUUGGAAACAUAUAGAGAGAACCCGGUGAUUGAUUCUUUUGGAAAAUUACCGGCAGGAAUGUUAGAAAUAAGACAAUGGAUAUCGGGAGAUUAUGACCAGUGUUUGGACAUUGAAAUUCCACAAAAUAAAAGAGAAAUUACCGAUAAAGGAAACAAACAGAUUCGAGGCAAAUACUGUGCCCUGACAAUUGGAAUGCAAGAAUCACUGAAACGUAUUGCAAAGUCGAUUCAUAAGUUCGAAAAUAAUUCAUUGAUUAAACUAGCAAAAGAGUUUCAUGAAGUCCCUUACAGCUCCAACUACCAUCUCUAUUUGGAAACAUAUAGAGAGAACCAGGUGAUUGAUUCUUUUGGAAAAUUACCGGCAGGAAUGUUAGAAAUUAGACAAUGGAUAUCGGGAGAUUAUGACCAGUGUUUGGACAUUGAAAUUCCACAAAAUAAAAAAGAAAUUACCGAUAAAGGAAACAAACAGAUUCGAGGCAAAUACUGUGCCCUGACAAUUGGAAUGCAAGAAUCACUUAAACGUAUUGCAAAGUACAUUCAUAAGUUCGAAAAUAAUUCAUUGAUUAAACUAGCAAAAGAGUUUCAUAAACCAAUGAAGUUUGACGACUUAUUGAAAACAGAGUUAUCCUAUACAAGAAUAAAAAGACGAUUAGAUGUGUGCAUUCCGAGUACAUGUAGUAAUGAAGACUUAAAAAACAUCGGGAAUUGGAUAUUCGGGACAGCGGUAGACUUUAACGUCGAAUAUUGCAAAAUCAAAGAUGAACGCAUUGAAUACAGUACCGGACAAUUGAUAUCGUUAAUUGUUCUCGGCAUAUUUAUUGCAUGGGUAGCAUUGGCAACGUUAAUAGAAAUAUUAAUGAGACUUCACAUUAUUCCUUUGAAGGCGAGUAAAGGUAGAUUUUUUGAGUAUAUUCUCGGAGCUUCUCCUUAUAAAUCUCUACAUAAAUUAUAUUCGACGAAUCUUGACGAAAGUACAAAGUGGAUGUGCGGUGUAAAAUUUCUUCUAGUAAAUAUUGUGGUGUUGGGACAUGUAUGCAUAAUAGGAUUAUUUUACCCCACAUUUGGAGAUAAAUAUACAAAUAUCUUCAAGCAUGUGGAUCUUCUUUUAUAUGAAAUUAUUCUCCAAGGUUUCACUAUAAUGGAAUCAUUCUUCUUCUGCAACGGGUUUAUGGUAAUGUAUCUGAGACAAAAGAGUGGACGAAACUCAGCGAAAUACUAUAUCAUGUUUUUAGUCAAGCGAGUUAUCAGAUAUACACUUCCGAUAUUUUUCGUUCUGGGCUUCGCAAUUCUUCUGCCUCUUCUUGGAGAAGGUCCUCAUUGGGAUAUUAUUAUUAGUCAGGCAAAACACAUGGAAAACGAAUGGUGGAAAUAUAUCACUCAUAUUCAUAUCUACUUAAUCGGUGGAUCGACGGUGUUUAUCGACAUAAUAUGGUUCAUGAGUGUGUUGGUGCAACUUUCCAUCUUAAUGUCACUGUUAUUAUAUAUUGUUGACAGGUAAGAAUUCCACAAUUUAUUUUCAUAAAACAGAUAAAAAUGUAUUUAUAUUUGUGUAAUUUGAUUCCCUGAUAUAAUGCUAAAUCGAUAAGAUCAGCUUUAGUGAAGUGUUUCAAUUUUUUUUGAGAUUGUUUCUUUCACAUACAGUGAUC